AGAUAUCUUCGCUGGUGCUCAAAUCACCAUCGUUGCGGCCUGUGGUGAUGGUGCGCACACAGGACUCUCUGGAGCUCCCGGAACGCCUCGGCCCUCAGAGACAUCUUAUGAGCUCAAACUCGGCCACGGUGAAGAACAAACCGCAAGUCUUGCCCCGGCGAGGCACAGCUUCAACACUCUGGACAAAGCAUCCGUUUGGCACACGCGCGGCUGGACUUUUGAAGAAUACGUAUUCUCACGCCGCCUCCUCUACGUCUUUCCAUCCGAGAUCAUCUUUAGCUGCAGCAGCGGCACGUUCAGAGAAUCCACCGGGCAACAGUAUGUGCCAGAACCAGCCGGCUCGACAUGGGGCGACACUGGAACCGAGCCGCCACUCAUGGCUGCUCGUCUCCAGGCGCAGUUCAACGGCGGAGGAGACGGCCGCGAAACCGUAGUCACCCUACCAGACUUUGUCCGCUCAGUUGAGGAAUACACUGCCCGGGAGCUCAGUGUAGAGGAGGACCGCGUGGCGGCGUUUGCCGGGCUCGUCACAGCCACCGCGGCCUCGAGAGCACACGAGCAAUCCGAGCAGGCUCUCCUCAAGCAUGGCCAUCCCCUGCCGUACUUUGAAACCUUGCUGACAUGGCAACACGUGCUUCAAUACGACAGUCAUGGUCCAAGAAAUCAUCAAAUGGUGCGCCGCCCAAUGUUUGGUGAGCCUUUUGUUCCAUCGUGGAGCUGGGCUGCUGCCGGCAUGAAAGUCCAGUUCCUCGACAGGGGCAGUGGGCGUCCGUCAGCAGCCUGGUUCGAGUUUGCCCCCCUGGGAGAUAUACAUGUCCUCGGAUUGCCUACGGAAGCCAUGGUCCGCGAUUUGUCGCGCCGCUUCGGUGUAAGCAGCCCAGAUUCCAUCAUGGCACUGGCAAGGUUGGAGCGAAUGUCUGAACCCACGAGCACGUAUCCACCAACCUACAUGGAACUGGAUGGUCCUCCGGCAUACCGCGUCGAGGCCAACGCAAUGCCACCGCAGCUCGACCCAUCCUUGCGUGGGCAAGCAACGUCAAAAUUACCACAGCUGCACCUAGUGACUGUCACAUUUUCUGCCUAUUUGUACUUCGCCGAGUCUGGCUCCAAGCGGCUCAUCCUGCAGCAGCGGGCGACUGGUGCAUUUGCGUCCUCGAUCAUCGAAAACUGGUCUAUCCCGCCGGCCGGUAAGGACAGCGCAGCCAGGCGGCGGUCCUUUUGGAAAGAGGUUAUCAGGUUGAACGGAAAGCACAGCAGGGGAGCCAGCCCUGGCAGAUGCAAGUCCAUCCCCGUCGGCUACGACGAAUCCAGCGGACUUGGCAAAUUCUGCGUCAUAGCUGGGCUGGGCCAUAUCUACAUCAUGGCUCUGGCAGAGACGGAUUGGGCACUGCCGUCGUCUUCACCCACCAUCCCCGUCAUGGCAAGAUUGGGCUUGUGUAGAGUAUCUCAGGUGGCCGACCAAGCUGCCCUCGUGGACAUCAUGUCCGAGGGCGGCGCCAAGUGGCAACGUAUUUGCAUUGUCUAGAAAAGAACACGAUUCGAUUAUUCAGCGGAGACAAUGUUGAUCUGCCUCUUAGGCGAUAUUCGAGCCAGUCCGAAACAUAAUGCAGCUGCUCCUCUGCCAGGGGGCUUGAUUAGUUCGACGGCAUUUGAUGUGUCACUUUCAACGCAUGAUUCUACGGCAUAGUCACUCGAUCGACUUGAAAAUUAUAGCAAUUUAGGAUGCUGUUGUGAGC